CAAAAUAUAGAUUCACAUCUUCAUUGCUAAGUCAAAGUUCUAUUAGGCAUUUUCACAAACAUUCCGAACUAUUUCUCUGCUACCGUAUAUCUUGUUCACAUUGAACUUCUGAAGACCCGAUACAUGUUGGAUAUUUCAAGAUCAUGCUGUAAAUGAAGUAUCAUGUUUCCUGAGGCUGAAGCUAGCGAAUCGAUAGAAGCUGCAUCAACUGAAACCAUGGCUGGUCCGGCAAUUGGCACGCUUGACAUCUUCCUUCUUGGUCUAAGUGUAGGAGUAGGUGUCUACUGGUUCUUCUUCCGCAAAAAGGCAGAGAGCAAGACAGAAGGCCUUGUUAAUCCCAUUACAAGUUCUUCAAUGACUAUGAGUUCCACCAGUGGGUCAGGAUUUAUCCAGAAAAUGAAGUCAUCUGGUAGGAAUGUUGUUGUUUUCUAUGGAUCCCAGACGGGUACAGGGGAAGAGUUUUCCAGUCGGCUGGCCAAAGAAGCCCAGCGUUAUGGUCUGAAGGGCAUGGUAGCAGACCCGGAGGAAAACGAAAUGGAGGACCUGUCCCAGUUAGCUGACAUUGAAAACUCACUCGCCAUCUUCUGUAUGGCUACGUAUGGUGAAGGAGAUCCGACAGACAAUGCCCAGGAGUUCUAUGAUUGGUUACAGGAUGGAAACGGUGACCUAACAGGGGUCAAGUAUGCUGUUUUUGGCCUUGGCAACAAGACCUAUGAACACUAUAAUGCCAUGGGCAAGUAUUUGGACAAACGAUUAGAGGAGCUUGGUGGGGAAAGAAUAUUUGAACUUGGAUUAGGAGAUGAUGAUCAGAAUAUUGAGGAAGAUUUUGUAACAUGGAAAGAUCGUUUCUGGCCUGCAGUCUGUGAAUAUUAUGGAUUAGAAGCAACUGGAGAUGAAUCAAAUAUACGUCAAUAUGCUGUAACUGAACACACCGAAGAUGUCCCUGAGAAGGUGUUUACUGGAGAAGUGGCUCGGCAUGGUUCGUUCAGGAACCAAAAACCACCUUAUGAUGCCAAGAACCCGUACCUGGCACCAAUCGCUGUCAACCGUGAGCUUCAUCAAGGUGGAGAUAGGUCUUGUAUGCACAUUGAAUUUGACAUCUCAGGCUCAAGAAUCAGGUAUGAGAGUGGUGACCACGUUGCUGUGUAUCCUACCAAUGAUCCUGAAUUAGUCGCUGCUAUUGGUAGAAUCCUGGAUGCCGAUCUCAGUAGGGUCUUCACCCUAACCAAUGUUGAUGAGGAGGCCAGUAAGAAGCAUCCGUUCCCUUGCCCUACCAGCUACCAGACUGCCUUUUCUCAUUACCUGGACAUCACCUCAUGUCCUAGAACCAAUGUCCUCAAGGAGAUCUCAGAGUAUGCCACCGAUCCUGCAGACAAGGAAAAACUACUUCUCAUGAGUUCUGCAACUCCAGAGGGCAAGAAAGAAUACAGUGACUGGGUGAUCAAGUGCCAUCGGAACAUAGUUGCCAUCUUAGAAGACCUUCCAUCCGUCAAGGUUCCAUUGGACCAUCUCUGCGAAUUGCUUCCUCGUUUGCAUGCCAGAUAUUACUCAAUCUCUUCAUCACCAAAGGUAAGCCCAGACAAAAUUUCCAUCACUGCGGUCCUCAUCCGUUACACCACGCCCACGGGUAGGAUAGGGAAGGGCGUGGCCACCAACUGGCUCAAAGAUAAGAUCCCCAAUGGGCCUGAGAACACCCACAGAGUGCCCAUCUAUGUGCGCAAGUCGCAGUUCAGGCUACCAUUCAAGACCACCACCCCAAUCAUCAUGGUUGGACCAGGUACUGGUCUGGCUCCAUUCAGGGGGUUCAUCCAAGAGAGGGACUUCUACAGGAAAGACGAGACCAAAAAGGUCGGUGACAGCAUCCUGUUCUUCGGCUGUCGCAAGAGCACCGAAGACUACAUCUACAAGGACGAGCUGGAGGAGUACACGAAGAACGGGACCUUGACAGACGUCCAUGUAGCCUUCUCCAGGGAGACGUCAGAGAAGGUCUAUGUGCAGCAUCUCAUGAAGAAGUGCCAGAAGCAGAUAUGGGGUAUGCUGGAGAAAGGCAGUCAUAUCUAUGUCUGUGGUGAUGCCCGCUUCAUGGCACCGGAUGUCCAGCGUACCAUCCGAGAGAUCAUCUGUCAGGAGGGCGGCAAGACCCAAACAGAGGCAGAGGAUUAUAUCAAGAAAAUGCAAUCAAAGGGACGCUAUUCUUGCGAUGUUUGGAGCUAGUCCUCGUCUCCUACCCAGUCUGAUUUUGUAAUGUGAAAGGGAUGUGGUGACUUUUGAAAAUAUAUGAGCUGUAAGGUUAAAUUUGCUGCUUGUGUAUGUACCGUGGUGUAAAAAAAUAAGUUCCUAAAAAAAAAUGGUCUCAAGAGCAGAAUUGUCAAAUACAGUGAAAGAACACAUUUUCUACAUAGAACCCACCCCAUCCCUUUUUGUAAUAUUUACUGCAGUAUUGUACUUAGGUGUACCUCAGUAUGGUAAAUGUUGGUGUUAAUGCAAUUCCAUAAGAAUAUCCAAAUUUUUGUAUGCCCGUCCCCAAUUUUUUUCCAUCUUCACCUUAAAGUACUGAGCCAUGAUAAUCUUAGAGCAAAGGCAAAUUUUCUUUGAACAUGAAAUCAGAGGUGAAUCAUGGCAAGCAUUCUAGCAUGUAGGGGGUUGAAUACAGAUAUAGUAUGGGAUUUUGGGAUUUCCCAUUUUGUCAUAGAUGCCUUGUCAGUUUAUGUAUAACCAAUGGCUUAUAUUUGUGGAUGUUCUUGUAGGCUCCUGCUUCAUGUAAUUUAAAGCUUGGCAUCUGAUCGUAGGGCUGAUUUUUACAUUGGAAAGCAUUGGUCACCCACCAUGAGCAAUCGAUCUUAUACAUCAAUUGUACGGUCAGUCACCAAGUUUUGUGUGGUAGGGCCUUGGAAAUCAGAAGAAA